GAAAAAAAAAAAAAAAAAGAAUUGAAGUUGAAAAAUGAAGCUGCUCCCAAUGGCCGAGGGCAUCGAGGACAUGGAGAAUAGUUUGGAGAUUUAGAAUUAAAGUUAGUUUUCAGCGAGGAGUCAAAUCGCAUUGCAGGCAUUCCUUCUCCUCCGCUCCGACGGAGAGAUGCUGAACGUUGCUAUUACCGUCCUUGCCUUCUCAGGGGUGAACCAGGUGACACGGCUCGAGUGUUCUCAGUCCUGCUCUUAGCCUUUUUUUUUCUUUUUUUUUUUUUUUUUUUCCCCCCUGAUUGCUAAGUGUUGACCUUAAAAGUACAGUCUUGAAAAUUAGAGGUAAUUGCAUUGUGCUACUUAUUUUUGUAGGGAUGUUAGGAAAGCGGGCCCUGGCACAUGAACCUGAUCUGCACGUCGGUGCCGGCUGCUAAGGAAGGACAGCAUCUUGGGGUUGAACUUCAUACCUGGAUGGUCUUUGAAUUGUUAGAGCCUUCAAGUAUUAUUUUGGGUAUUUUAAUUUAAAUUAAGACUAGUGAAUAGCAUCACCCUGUCUGGGGCAAAGCUUGUUCAACUUUCUGUGGUGUCUGGCGUGUCAUACUAAUUUCAAUCCAAGAAAGGGGCAGAAUGAGGAACGUCACCGUAAGUCCUCUAUUAGUAAUGGUGGCGGCUCCAGUGUGUCAGUGGAAUAGCACUAACUUCUGUAGCAGGCUGUCGGCCAGAAUCAGGGGAUUUACUGUGAGCGUGAAGGUCAUUGUUAGCAUCUUUAAGCAAAAAUGAGACAUUUUAAGAUUAUUUUUUUUGCCUUGAAAUUAGGAUGCAUUCAGCUGCCACGUGCUUUUGAGGGGUGGCAGAAGGCGAGGGGAUCUGCAGCUACCGUAAGAUGAAAUAAGAAAUCCUGCAGAGGUCUUCGUUACACCCAAUGUUUAUCAUAUUUCAUUGCUUAAGCUUAAGAGGUUGUAGCUGUGUACGAAUAGGUGCUGCUUGAUCUUUCUAGGUCAAGAGCAGCAGGAAAAAUCUAAAGCUUUUGCUAACACUGUAAAGGGUUUUAAUAACAAAUUACACUAGUUUCUGACUUUUUCUUGCACUACUGUAAGGGAAAGGAGGGUCCUUGGCUCCCAUUUUAGGCUGUUCUGUGCCCCGGAGGUCCCCUGGGCUUUGUGAGUGGUUUUACCUGCUGGAAAUGCAGGCUCAUAUUUUUAAGGGAGUUUUCCGUGCUCGUUUCUUGUAUGAACGGAACUGGCAGUGCGAGUGGUGAAGGUUUAAAGGACAAGUUUAUUGUGGGAAGUUGCCAUCCCUGGGUUGAGCACCUCGGUGGCUGGAAGAGGAGGAGGAUGCGCGGGCGCCUCGCUGGGAGGGUGGUGGAUGCCUGCAGGAGGUCACCUUUCAAGCCAGUGUAUUUGGGUUUGUUUGGGUUGUUGGUUUGUGGGUUGGGUUUUUUUUUUUUUUUUAAUCGGACUAGUAUCUCACAUUUAUAUAAUGUAGCGUGACAUCUGUACUUUAAUAGUGUGGGCAUAUGAAGUGGUUUCUUAAUUUCAGGGCUUAGCGAUCUGCCCAUGUUGUAAGUGAAUUAAAUUUGCAUGGUUGCAAACUUAAAACUCUUUAAUUAUUACAUUUUGAUAAAGAAGACGGUUUACCUUGUGUUUCAGAGGGUCAAAAAACGCAGCAACUGUUCCAAGGGGCACUGGCAGCAAGCUCAAACUUCAGGAUACCUGCCAAAGCUUCCCGGGAGUUACAGGAAGGUUUUUUUUUUUUGGUUUGUGCUCAGAACCUGAAGAUAUUCUACAUGCUGAGGUCUCGCUGGGGGGAUUUCUUUUUCGGUUGUCUGUUUAUAACUUGCUCUGCUAUUUGGUCACUUCCUGAUAAAUCAAACCAGGUCACUUCAAGUUGUCUUUUUUCAUUCAAUGAAGGUGACCCAGAAGGGUAUAGAUUUGCAUGUUUAUAAUACAGGAUCAUUAAAAAACAACAACAAAAAAAAAAAGAGACAGGCCUGAUUAGACCACGCUGUCUGCCUGUUGAGCAGCACAGGAUGUGCUUCAUUUAAGCGAGAUCUGCUGAUCUCGGGAAGCAAAAGGCUUAUGCUUGUUUCUGUGAAAGGAAUUAUCUUUAAUUUGUGCAAGAUGCCAUUUGAUAAUUAAACUUAUAAAAGUGAGUAAAGAAAGCAAUGGGAGCACUGAAUAUUAGGAUAAUUCCUGUAGAAAAACAACCCUGCAGCCCCCCAAAAGCAGUACCUUUAUUUGACUUUUCUGCCCAGAAUAAUAAAGUUUGCGGAAGACGUGCCCAGUUACAGACUGGUACGGCCUUUCACUCCACUUUAAAACCAUCACAGGUCCCUGUGAAUAACUCGAGUUUGUCAUUCGCGGUUUUCUAGGUUGUACCCACUGCCGUCCUGCUGUGCCUUGAACCAUUCUUUCUGCCUUUCCCUCUUCCCUUCUAGCAGCAUGGUGGUGGUUUGAGCCUUAGAAUGCAGCAGAAGAGCAAGGAAACGCGCAACACUUUAGGCUGCAUUAAAAUUAAAGCAUAACUUUGCCCUAAAUGUGCUGCAGCAUCUGUGUGUGAGCGCAGGAUCAUAUGACGGCUGCCUGCUCCAGCUGCUGCCUGGGUCCUGCUGUAGCCAGGAGGUUAAUAGCAAGCACCCAAUUUAGCUUUUUCAGCCAGUUAAAUGGCGUGGCUAUCAGAAGGAUGAGAAAAUGCGAGGGCACUCAUAGGACUUUUUCUAUAGAAACUCUUAAUUUAAUGCAGAAUUAUUUAUAAAUAAUUCAAAAUAUUAAGGACUAACAUUAAAAAAAAAAUAUAAUAAUAAUUCCCCAGGCUGAAUGUCUGUUUAAUCCAUAGUGUCUUAACAGACAUUUUGUGUGUGCUCGUGCUCCAGAGCAGCAAACGCUUAUGUUGUGUGAUCAGAAUUUCUCCUGUCUAAAAUGGAAAAUAAGAGGAAUGGGCAAACCAAGGCAAACGCUGGUCAGACCCCUCUGGCAAUGCCCCUCUUGCUUUCGUGAGCUGUUGGGGACAGCAGUCCCAGGUGGUCUCUGCGAUGGGAGCCUGGGCGCUAAACGAUCAUUGGAUUUUUGAAAUAUUUGAACCACUUUCUGAAUCAGUUGAGCCUAUUGCUCAGUUAACACUGCUGAUGCCAGAACGGUGCCUACGAGCCUGAAAAUACUUUUGUCCGAUUUCAACUUUGACAUAUUAACGUACCGUAUGCUGUGUGCAUUCUAUACAUUCAGGCUAUGUGACGAGUACUUUUGUUUUGUGAGUACCUGAUAUCACCAUGGUUGUGAAAUCUCAUUCCCGUAUGGUGCAAGUCUGGGUGAGACGCCUCCUGCCUCGGACAGCAAGGCACCACCUUAAUGUUUCUCACUGGAUUUCUUUUUUUUUUUUUUUGCUAUAUAAGUGCAAGCGCGCAACUCUUCAAGACAGACUAUGUAAUGUCGGUAAGGAGCUGGAGAGGCAGCACGAUUCAUCUCAGACACUUGUUGUUAUUUGUCUGGGAAUUUUCUUCCUCUACUUCUUGCCUGCCAAAAUUGCACUGCAAAGAGCCACUAUUUAAUAAUGUUUAACUGUUGGAACACCAAAUAUCGUGUGACCCUUUUGCUCUUUCAUUCAAAGAAGAAAGGAAGUGGUGCUCUAAUAUUUGCAGCCUUGUUUUUGACUUGGUGCCGCACUGCGGGGAGGUUGGUUCUCCGUUCCGUAGCAUGGUUUCUGGUGCCGUGCCGUGCUUCUGGAGUAAAGCCAACUGACAGUUGCCUGCCCGAGACCGCAGCGUACCACUGUCUGCACUGGCAAUUGCCUUUAACUGCUAGGUCGCACUGUCUUCUGUAUUAAGGUUCCUUACGUGGAGAUCUUCCUGUCUUGAACUCUUGCUUCGAGACUGAAAAUACGAUCUUCUGACCUCCUCUUUGCCACCCCCUCUCAAAAUCCCUUUCGGCUCUUCCCACGCCUCCUGUGUCCCCUUCUCAGGUUGAUGAAAGAAAAAUACGGCUGUUCACCGAGUCUGCCUUGGAACGUGUAGGCUGCAGGAGCUGCCAGAAUGUCCACGGAUGGUGGCUUCGGCACAGCUAGCAACAGCGAUGCCCAGCAAAGCCUCCAGUCCUUCUGGCCACGAGUCAUGGAGGAGAUCCGCAAUCUCACCGUGAAAGACUUCAGAGUUCAAGAACUCCCUCUGGCUCGUAUUAAGAAGAUAAUGAAAUUAGAUGAAGAUGUGAAGAUGAUUAGCGCAGAAGCUCCCGUGUUGUUCGCCAAGGCAGCUCAGAUAUUCAUAACGGAAUUGACUUUGCGAGCGUGGAUACACACAGAAGAUAACAAGCGGAGGACACUGCAGAGGAACGACAUUGCCAUGGCAAUUACUAAGUUUGAUCAAUUUGACUUUCUUAUCGAUAUUGUCCCAAGAGAUGAACUGAAGCCUCCGAAGCGGCAGGAAGAGGUGCGUCAGGCUGUGACCCCAGCUGAGCCUGUACAGUAUUAUUUCACGCUUGCUCAGCAGCCUGCUGCAGUGCAGGUUCAGGGGCAGCAGCAAGGACAACAGACCACCACGUCUACAACUACCAUCCAGCCGGGACAGAUCAUCAUCGCCCAGCCUCAGCAAGGGCAGAGCACCCCCGUGACGAUGCAGGUUGGAGAAGGCCAGCAGGUACAGAUAGUGCAGGCCCAGCCGCAAGGACAGACCCAGCAGGCUCAGAGUGGAACUGGACAGACCAUGCAAGUCAUGCAGCAGAUCAUCACCAAUACAGGAGAAAUCCAGCAAAUACCAGUUCAGUUGAAUGCUGGCCAGCUGCAGUAUAUCCGCUUAGCCCAACCUGUGUCAGGCACCCAGGUAGUCCAGGGGCAGAUCCAGACGCUUGCAACCAAUGCACAGCAGAUAACGCAGACGGAAGUCCAGCAAGGACAGCAGCAGUUCAGCCAGUUCACAGACGGACAGCAACUUUAUCAGAUCCAGCAAGUGACCAUGCCUGCAGGCCAGGACAUCACCCAGCCCAUGUUCAUUCAGUCCACCAACCAAACCUCAGACGGCCAAGCCACGCAAGUGACAGGGGACUGAAGGGGGACGUUGUAGCAAGUCCUCCCUGCGUGGAAACGAGCGCGUUCCAGCUCGACGUUUGCCGUACCAACCUGGUCUGAUGAAUACAUCUGCUUCUGUGUCUCUGUACUUGAUAUUAAGCCUAUAGUAGGCUGCGAUCUCCGGUGCACUAUACACCUUCCUCUGGUGGGUAUGAGGGUAUAUCCAACAGACACUGACAAGAAUGCAAUAUUUUUAUUUUUAGAAAUCAAUAUCUCAGUGUAUUCAGCUGCUUGUCCAAACCCACAAAACUGAAAGAGAACCGAUCAGAAGGAAUUUGUAGCAUCUCAUCGAACAACGUGUAAAACAUUUUUAUCUAGUAAAAUUUUUAAAGGGUACUGCAUCUGGUUUGUUGUUAGAGCUUUAUUCCUGGUAUUCUGUUUGUAUUUUUUUUUUUUUUUUUUCCUCUGAGUAGAGCUAGACUCGGUCCUCCCAUCUCAAUGGUUCAGUAGGGGUGUAUGGGGGGGAGUGUGUGUGUGUGUGUGUUAGAUUUUCCUCCCCUGCCACCUUUUUUGGUAAGCCGGAGCGUUGCCUAUAUGCAGCUCAAAGGCAGGGAGUAAGGGAGGAACAAUUAAAGUGAAAACAAAAAAAAAAAAACCAUUCCUUGUAUGAUGACUGUAUUUUCUAAGGGCAAAAGAUUCUUUCAUUUGGCCUGGUUUAUUCCAGAAACACUAAUGGAAGUCUGGACAAACCCCAGGCCUGCUGUUAACUGUUGUACUAGCUUCGGUCAA